GACUUUUCGAUGACACCCGCAUCCCAGACAUACCGACCGCCUGCCGCGAAGCUAAUUUAGCGCAAGCUAACGGUUGGAAUAAAGUGUUCCAAAAUGUCUCACCCGGUGCCCACCAACAAGCCGUCCAACUCUGAAAACCCUCGCGUUUUCCUCGAUGUCGACAUCGGCAGCGCAAGAGCCGGCCGAAUUGUUCUGGAGCUUUUCGUCGACGUCACUCCCAAGACUGCGGAAAACUUCCGAGCCCUCUGCACGGGAGAGAAAGGCGUGGGGAAAUCCACUGGGAAACCUCUGCACUUCAAAGGAUGCCCCUUCCACAGAAUUAUCAAGAAGUUCAUGAUUCAGGGAGGGGACUUUUCCAACCAGAACGGCACCGGCGGCGAGAGCAUCUACGGGGAGAAGUUUGAGGAUGAAAACUUCCACUACAAGCACGACCAAGUGGGCCUGCUGAGCAUGGCCAACGCGGGGCCCAACACCAACGGCUCGCAGUUCUUCAUCACCACGGUGCCCACGCCGCACCUGGACGGCAAGCACGUGGUCUUCGGACAGGUGCUGAAGGGGAUGGGCGUGGUCAAAAUGCUGGACGCCGUUGACACCAACGACGACGCUCCCGUGAAGCCUUGCGUGAUUGCCGACUGCGGCGAGCACAAGGACGGCGACAGCUGGGGCGUCGCCCCGAGCGACGUCACGGGAGACGCCCAUCACGACUUUCCAGAGGACUCUGAUGUUGACUUUAAAGAUGUGGACAAAGUUAUGUCUGUGGCCGAGGACAUUAAGAAGAUUGGAAACAACCUUUUUAAGAGUCAAGACUGGAAUGGCGCCGUCAACAAAUACAGCAAAGCUCUUAGGUAUUUGGAAGUAUGCGGCGAAGUGUUGGAGGACGACGAGGGCGAGGAGUCUGCGGUGCAAAAAAAGCUGGAGCCAGCCGUGCUCAGUUGCUACCUCAACACGGCCGCCUGCAAGCUGAAGCUGCAGCUGUGGCAGGAGACCGUGGACAGCUGCAACGAGGCUCUGGCGCUGGACAAAGGCAACACCAAGGCUCUUUUCCGCAGGGCGCAGGCCUGGCAGGGCCUCAAGGAGUACAACCAAGCUAUGACUGAUCUGAAGUCAGCUCAGGGAAUAGCUCCAGAGGACAAAGCCAUCAGCAACGAGAUGAAGCGCGUGCAGCUUCAAGUCCAGCAGGAAAAAGAGCGAGAAAAGAAAAUCUACGCCAAAAUGUUUGCCUGAAUGCACCGUUCGCCCCUCCUCAUGUAACAAACCUCGUCCUGGAGUUUUCUACACUGAACGCUGCCGCUGUCUUGUAGCAAUGUCCUUGAAUGCAUCAAAAGGUCCUCAGUGAGUACAGAACAGUCGAGUAGUUUAUUCACUGAUGUGACAUUAUGUACAGUACAGCAAAAUGUACCUGGAAUAAUUUAUCAAAAACGCUUGCUGUAAGUCCUUAUUUAAUAUUCCUGAAGGCCACUUUAUGCAAAUGAAAUGUUCAAGCGUCACUGUUUUGGACAGCGGUAGUGUCGCAUCAUGAAUUAAUAAAGUCCAAGCUCUUUAAA